GACAUUACAAUUACGAGAAUAAAAAAAGAGAUUAAAUAAGAGUUAAACUCUAACCAAAUUAAGAAGAAGAGAAGCAACAAUGGGGUUUGAAAGAUCAUGCUUCCUCUUGUUCCUCUUCUUCUUUGUUGUUGGCUUGGCUUCCUCUUCCCCCUCCUUCAUCAAAUACGAUGUGCUUGAGUCUCACGUGCAGGGUCGUGGCCUUCUUCAACAAUAUUUAAUCAAGGAUAAUUGUCCCAUUAAUUUUGAGAAAGAAGACUACAGACCCCUUACGAGCCAAUGCAAAGGACCACAAUACAAUGCAGCAAUAUGUUGCAAUGCAUUCAAGAUUGUAGCCUGCAAACACACAAACGAGAUAAAUGAUGUAGACAAUGGAUGUGCUGAUAGUAUGUUUUAUUACAUUAAUCUAAAUGGAAAAUACCCUAUUGGUCUUUUUGCUAAUAUUUGCAAGGAAGAUGAAGAAGGUUUAGACUGCAACAAUAUCAAGAGCCUUGCUGCUGAAAGACAAAGUGUUCGUUCCAGAAUUGGUAACAGACAUGUUACAGGUGGUAAAAAUUAGACAUGAAAAAAUUGUUAAGUAUUUUAUUAAUUGCUUUGGAAUAAUAUUAAAUUCAAAAGUCUUGUAUGUACAUUAUAUUAUUCUAUUGUGUAUACGGUAAAAAUCAGAGGGUACGAUUUUAUGGCUAUUAUGAUGCUUCUCAAGCACGUCUCUAAAGGCUCGAGGCACGGCUCGAGGUUCGACCAUGAAGGUUCCCAACGUUCGACCUCGGAGCAAUAUAAAUCGAUGGUUAUGAUGGUAAAACGGGAAGUUCACCAGCCAUGUGAUUAAAGCUGACCAAGUCUAGUAGGCUAGUACAAGCCCGUACCGUGGCAUUAAAUGGUUGUAUCAGCCGCGUAUCUUUGUAAUAAAUGCAUCUGUACCAUGUUGGGAUUUCCCCUCAUAUAUAAAGGGGAUCCCUGUCAUUUUGUAAGGCAUAUACAACAAAAUAUUGAAUACAGGAACAAGAACAUUCUCUGCUCUCUAACUUAAACA